AUGCUUGGAAUCAUCGGCAAGCUGAAGCAGGAGAAGAAGAAAAAGAAGACGUGGAAAUCGGACGCCAUGCAGGUGAACAUUGUAGCAGUCGUUGUCUUGGCCGCCUACUACGGCGUCUUAGUGGGGCUCUCUGCUUGGUCCAGCCGACGAGGAAAGAAGAGAGCUGCGAACCGCGUCAACUUGAGCUACGGCAACGCUCACGACGAAGCGUUGAGCCCCGGCUUCGUCAGGUUGACGCUCGCGAACAGGAACAUUCCGCUCUUCCUGGGCGUCAGCUCAAUGACAGCGACCUGGGUCGGAGGAGGCUACCUGAACGGUACUGCCGAGGCUGUCUUCAAGCACGGCCUGCUCAGCACUCAAGUCCCCAUUGGCUACGCGAUAAGCCUGAUAUUUGGCGGCCUGUUCUUUUCGCACAAAAUGCGCGCCACGCGCUCGUUCACCAUGCUGGACCCGUUCCAGCAGCUGUACGGCCGCUGGAUUGGCCUGCUGCUAUGCCUGCCUGCUUUGUGCGGAGAGCUGUUCUGGUCGGCCGCGGUGCUGGCGGCGCUAGGUCAGGCGACGGAGGUGAUCGCGGGUUUAAGCAGCUCGACGUGCAUCGUCCUGUCCUCGCUGAUCUACGCCACGUGCACUUGUGCCGGAGGCCUGCCUGCAGUCGUGAACACAGACGCCUUCCACUUCUUAACGGCAUUCGUCGGAUUGGUCUACUUCCAGCGUGUACUGAGCACUGCCACAGUGUUCGAGGCCCAGAUGCUGUCCUACGUUUCAGCCGUCGGAUGCCUGAUGUUCGCAGUGCCGCCAAUCUUGAUCGCAUCCACCUCCAGGCAUAGCAGUAAGUUUAUGUUUAGUUACUUCGAGUGGGUCAGACUUGUCGAACUGUCCCUGGGACACUGCGCAGAUUUCACGGCGGCCGGCUACCCGGGUCCCGCGAGCCUGAAGCCCCAGGACCAGGCGAGCGUGCUUCCGUUCGCCAUCCGCUACCUGUGCCCUGGAGUUGUGUCCGUGAUGGGAAUGGCCGCCGUCGUCGGGGCUGUCAUGUCCUCGGCCGACUCCUCCGCGCUCAGCGCUUCGACGCUCGUCACCAGAAAUGUCUACCAGGCACUCUUCAAGACGGCGGCCAGUGAGAGAGAGCUGGUAAAGGUGCUGCGACUGGCUGUGUGCCUGGCCACCGCCGUCGCCACGAGCAUGGCCCUCUCGGUCACCUCCGUGUUUGCGCUCUGGGCGUUCUCCUCGGAGAUGGUCUACGUAUUGCUGUUCCCGCAGCUAAUAGGCCUCUUCUACAUGCCGAAGUGGACAAACUCCUACGGCUCGGUCGCCAGUGCGUCGUCACGCGAUAGUUUUUGGUCCAGUAGCAGCGAUGCUUACGGAGGUUUUCAACCAUGCAAAUGUUUAAAGGGACGCUAA